CAGAUGGGCCGGGAUGCAGCCGUGAGAACAGGGGGCCGCGCCGCCGCCUUCCCCGGAGCGUGAGGCAGCGAGGAGGGGCGGCCAGAGGACAGAAACCUUUGCCGGGAUGGGACGCGCCGCCGCCGUGAGCCCCUAGCUCGCCCUCCGUGCCCCGGCCAGCCCGCAGGGCCCGCGCUGACUGACAACGCUGUGGGCGCGUCUGGAUAUGUUCACUUCCCAACCGGGCGCUUUCUUCGAUGUCGUGAAGCUGCGUGGGAAAUAGCCCGGUUCCCAGCGGGGUCGGGAGCGUGCCGCCGUCCUCCCCGGCGGGGGAGAUGCCGCGGGGCUGGGAGGCAGAGCCAGGCGCUUCCCCCGUGUCCGCUGAGCGCUGCCGGCUCCCGAGGCAUGAAGGCAGGCGGCUGUAAUGGAGUAAGAGCGAAGACGGCUCCGCUCAUCUGCCAUUUGCCCUUCCAGACGGGAUUGUAAACCGAGAGAGUUAAGGAAGGCUGUGCGAAAGCAGGAGGAAUUUCCUCUCUUCGGGGUUUGGCUUUCCCCCCCCCCCGGUUUUUUUUUUCUCCUGCCGGCUCGAACCGUGGCUUGCCCAGGUAUGCCUUCCUCACUGCAGCACCUUGUGCUGGUGCUCCUGCUCUCCAGUGCCACCCUGCUGCUCGGCACUGCGGCUGCUACCCAGAGUGAGGAGCGGCUGUGUGCAUUUAAAGACCCGUAUCAGCAGGACCAUGGCAUCAGUGAGAGCCGAAUCUCCCAGGAGAAUGGCACCAUUUUGUGCAUGAAAGGUAGUACCUGCUAUGGACUUUGGGAAAAAACAAGAGAAGGAGACAUCCAUCUUGUAAAACAAGGUUGUUGGUCUCAUAUAGGAGACCCCCAGGAGUGUCACUUUGAAGAGUGCAUAGUUACAACCACCCCUUCCUUGAUUCAGAAUGGAACAUAUCGCUUCUGCUGCUGUAGUACAGACCUGUGUAAUGUCAACUUCACAGAAAACUUCCCACCUCCUGACCCUACUGAUACAACACCUUACAAUUCUUCUCAUUCUUUUCAUCGAGAUGAGACCAUCGUUAUUGCCCUGGCAUCUGUGUCUGUGCUGGCUGUUCUGAUAGCUGCUCUGUUCUUUGGAUACAGGAUGCUUGCAGGAGACCGUAAACAAGGUUUGCACAGUAUGAACAUGAUGGAGGCAGCAGCAUCAGAGCCCUCAUUGGAUCUGGAUAAUCUAAAGUUGUUAGAGCUGAUUGGCCGGGGCCGGUACGGAGCAGUGUAUAAAGGUUCCCUGGAUGAACGUCCUGUGGCUGUGAAAGUCUUUUCCUUUGCCAACCGUCAGAACUUUGUCAAUGAGAGGAACAUUUACAGGAUUCCCCUGAUGGAGCACGAGAACAUCGCCCGCUUCAUCGUGGGGGAUGAGAGAUUCACCGCAGACGGCCGGAUGGAAUAUUUACUGGUGAUGGAAUACUACCCCAAUGGCUCUCUGUGCAAAUAUUUGAGUCUCCACACGAGUGACUGGGUGAGCUCCUGUCGUUUGGCUCACUCGAUAACUCGGGGCUUGGCGUACCUGCACACGGAGCUGCCUCGAGGAGAGCACUACAAACCUGCAAUAUCCCAUCGGGACCUGAACAGCCGCAAUGUGCUGGUCAAGAACGAUGGCACGUGUGUCAUCAGCGAUUUUGGGCUCUCCAUGAAGCUCACCGGGAACAGACUGGUACGGCCGGGUGAGGAAGACAAUGCAGCCAUUAGUGAGGUGGGUACGAUCCGCUAUAUGGCCCCAGAAGUGCUUGAAGGAGCAGUGAACUUGAGGGACUGUGAAUCUGCUUUGAAACAAGUAGAUAUGUAUGCUCUGGGCCUGAUCUACUGGGAGAUAUUCAUGAGAUGUACAGACCUCUUCCCAGGAGAAUCUGUGCCAGAGUACCAGAUGGCUUUCCAGACUGAAGUCGGAAACCAUCCCACUUUUGAAGAUAUGCAAGUCUUGGUGUCUAGAGAGAAGCAAAGACCAAAAUUCCCUGAAGCAUGGAAGGAGAACAGCCUGGCUGUGAGGUCACUUAAAGAAACAAUUGAAGAUUGUUGGGAUCAAGAUGCAGAAGCUCGACUAACAGCACAGUGUGCUGAGGAGAGAAUGGCAGAGCUCAUGAUGAUUUGGGAGAGGAAUAAAUCAGUUAGUCCAACAGUCAAUCCUAUGUCAACUGCCAUGCAAAAUGAGAGGAAUCUGUCGCAUCACAGACGCGUAUCAAAGAUAAGGCCGUAUCCAGAUUAUUCUUCCUCUUCUUACAUUGAAGAUUCAAUCCACCACACUGACAGCAUAGUAAAGAACAUUUCUUCUGAACAUUCAAUGUCCACGACGCCGUUGACUUCAGGGGAAAAGAACAGAAAUUCCAUUAACUACGAGCGGCAGCAAGCACAAGCUCGCAUCCCCAGCCCCGAGACAAGCGUCACCACUUUGUCCACCACCAAUACAGCUGGCCUCACUCCCAGCACCGGCAUGACCACCAUCUCCGAAAUGCCUUACUCGGAUGAGACAAACUUACACACGACAAAUGUCAUGCAGCCGGGGGGGCCCACCCCUGUUUGUCUGCAGCUAACAGAGGAGGACUUGGAGACAAAUAAAUUGGAUCCAAAAGAAGUGGAUAAGAACCUGAAAGAAAGCUCUGAUGAGAACCUGAUGGAACAUUCGCUUAAGCAGUUUAGUGGGCCAGAUCCGCUGAGCAGCACUAGUUCCAGCUUGCUUUAUCCCCUGAUAAAACUGGCAGUAGAGGUGACAGGGCAGCAGGACUUCACACAAGCCACCAACGGUCAGGCAUGUUUGAUUCCGGACGUCCCAUCUGCUCAGGUCUAUCCUCUCCCCAAGCAGCAGAACCUUCCCAAGAGGCCUACCAGCCUCCCUCUAAACACCAAAAAUUCAACAAAGGAGCCGCGGUUAAAAUUUGGCGGCAAGCACAAAUCCAACUUGAAGCAAGUGGAAACGGGCGUUGCCAAGAUGAACACCAUCAACGCCGCAGAGCCCCACGUGGUGACAGUGACCAUGAACGGGGUGGCCGGGAGGAGCCACGGCAUGAACUCUCACGCUGGCACAGCCCAGUACGCCAACGGCACGGUGCCCUCUGGCCAGAGCGGCGGCUCGGUAGCGCAGAGGGCCCAGGAAAUGCUUCAGAACCAGUUCAGCGGCGAGGACAGCCGGCUGAAUAUCAACUCCAGUCCCGACGAGCACGAGCCCCUGCUGAGGCGGGAGCAGCAGGUUGGGCACGAUGAAGGCGUUCUGGACCGCCUGGUGGACAGGAGGGAGCGAGCGCUGGACAGCGGGAGGACAAACGCCAACAACAACAACAGCAAUCCGUGUCCAGAGCCUGCUGCGGCCGCUGUCCAGAAUGUCGUGAGAAAUCCCGGGCACACCCAGAGCAGAAGAGCACAGAGGCCCAAUUCGCUGGAUCUGUCAGCCACGAGUAGUUUGGAUAGCAGUAGUAUGCAGUUAGGUGACUCCUCACAGGAUGGCAAAUCAGGCUCAGGAGAGAAGAUCAAGAAGCGUGUGAAAACUCCCUACUCGCUCAAGCGGUGGCGUCCAUCCACGUGGGUCAUCUCCACGGAGCCGCUGCCCUGCGAGGUCAACAACAACGGCAGCGAGCUGGCAGUGCCCCCCAAGUCCAGCACUGCUGUGUACCUCGCAGAGGGGGGCACUGCCACCACCAUGGUCUCCAAGGACGCAGGGGUGAACUGCCUGUGAAGUGCUUCAAAAGCCGACCUUUGUUUUGCGUUGUUUGAAACAAACCUGCAGAAGACAUUUGAAAAAAAAAAAACUGCUUUCUCCUCCUGUCAGCAACCCCUACCAAGGACUCGCUUUAAAUAGAUUUCAGCUAUGCAGAAAAUUUUUAGCUUAUGCUUCCAUAUUUUUUUAUUUUGUUUUAUUUUUUGAACGUUUUUGCACUUUUAUUUAGUAUCGCUAAAGUUAAGUCUGUCUGUUUUGACCACGGAAUAUAUAUAUGUGUAUCAAAGAUGUGGUCUCAAAAUAUUUUUUUAAAAAAAAGUAACAAAAAAAAGUAUUGCUGAUAAUCAGUUUGGACCAGUUUCUUAAGGUCACUAAGAACAUAAGCAGACUAUAAGACAGGUUUGACUGCAGUGGUGUCUUGUAACCAUGUUUUGAUUUCUGUGCACAAGCUAGUCUGUAUAUUUCUAUGUUACAAAGCGUAUUCUCUUUUGAACCCCUUCUUUUCCUCGUGUCAUGUUGAAAUGUGCAAUAGUCUGUAGUUCACAGUAGGCUUUAUUGAAAAGUGUGUUUCUAAAACUGCCACAUGUUCCCAUUUUUGUGUUUGUUAAUUUUUCCUUGACAGUUGAGCAGUCAGCCGGUCAUGACAGUGAACUUUGCACAUCGUAGCCAGCUUGAAGCAGCUGCCAAUAUCACAUUGUGCUCAGAGGUGAUGAUGCAUGAAUUUUCCCCAACUUGAAAGGGCUUUAAAAAGGAACAAAAAAAAAAAAAUCUGAGCUCUGUACCUUUCUUUUGAUCCUCCCUAAUCAAAAUGUGUUUCCUUUAUAGUAGUAGAUGCCAGCCUAUGAAGCUGAGUAACAAAAUGUUGAACAAAUGUAAGGAGACAGUGUCAGCCAUUUUUUCCAUUUUAUUUUGUGUGCAGUUUCACCCCCUGUAUUAUGUAAAACCUUAUUUAGAUCACUAAUGAUGUACAUUGCAAAAUACAUUUUAUUCAGAAAUAUUAAUAAUUGUCAUACUUAAAAGCUUGAGUGAAGAUAGGUUGUGAACGUAUUUUGUUUACACAGAGAAGAAAAAAACCAUCGAUCUUACUUGGCACAAAACACUUUGGUGAUGAGUCACAAGUCUUUCCUGAUUUACCUCCUUACAGACAGGAUGGGGUAAAAAUGAGCCUGAUUACUUAUGCAGGUAGGUGCAUCCUAAUUGAUUGUUGUUGCCAAGUUGAAACUUGUCCUCCCUUCAGAGUUCUUAGAGGCCCUCGUUCAUCUUGUUAAAGUUUAUUGCAUGCUUUUAAAAAUCAUGGGUGUUUGUGGGGAAGGGUUGGGGAUUUUUUUUCCCCUCUGCUUAGUCCCUUCUUUCAGUUUGUAUGCACAUUGAUUUUAGCUGUCAGUGAAUGUGAAUGUAAUAUGUAUUGAGAUAAAUUGUUUAUUCACUAUCUCAAGUAAACCCUUCCCUCUUUUGGAAUGAUUGGUUUUACUGUCUACUGAAAGAAAAUAAUUUUCUUAUUAGUUAGAACCUCCCUCCACCUAAGAAAUAGCCUUCCACCUGAAAAGCAUUCUUUCCAAUUGAAAACACUUCAGUAAAAACUAUUUGGAUAUAAAAAGGUGUAACACAUCAGUCUUUGGUAACAAGCAAAGAUUUAUCACUUCAUCUGAAAACUGGUGAUGUUCAAAGAAAGAAAAUCAAUUCAGUCAGCCUGCCAGACUCCUGUGGCAGGAUACUGGCAGCAAACAAUUGCCUCCCCCAGCCUGUCUCCUUUCAGCUGACUGAAGCAGAUGCUCUCUGCUUUUAAGCUCAUUUGUUUCCUUGCUGUUUUACCAUUUUUCCCCCCUGAGGUAAACUUUGCCAACCCUGUUCUUCUCUAUCUGCUGAUACAGCUAAUCUAAUACAUGCCUUGCUUCAUAUGAUUCUUGCUGUUCCCCAAAAUUCCUUGCUUGUUCUUGGUUGCUAUGAUUUUCUCUCAUAAAACUUCUUAACAUUUCUUAGAUUCUCCUAUAUAUCUCCAAGAGAUAGCACUAUAAAUGCAGACUGUGAGUAAAUGUAGUUGUAGAAACACAAGGCACAUUUUGAGCUCCCUGUGUUCUUUAAGCACCAGUUCAAAUAGUACCUCUUGUCUCUGAGGCAUAAUUAUGCUUUCCCCCUGUAUAAUGCAGUUAUAUCACCCCUUUUUAAAAACAGCCUUCUUCUGGUCUGACUUUCCAUUCACUCUCUGGCUUCCCAUCUGCUGCAGUCUCACGUCCCAGAUGUUGAAAACCUGCCAGUUGCUCAGCUGGGUUUCAAGACCUGAAUCAGAAUUUCUGGCAUUCUAUUCAUAUUGCUCACUGGGCUCUCUUCUCCUCUGGCCUCCUGGGAGUCUCCAUUUGGAGGGCUUGGUGGUGGUUUUUGGUGAGCACUGAUUGUGGUCUUGAGGAUUCUUCACUCCUGUCCCGAUGACUUUUCUUUGCCUUGUGUUGGAUCAUCCAUCAGCAUUUCAGAAUGUGGGCUGAAAACAAUAUUUAGGACUCUUACUAAGUCAGACUAUUCUGGGGAGAGAAAAAUGACUUCUCUGACUGCUGCUUCUUUCUGCUGAGACAGAAUUGCACCAGUCUUUUAGCCUUUCUUUGCAGGCCAUGCCUUUGCAAGAAAUCCAACUUUUUUGUGAUCAAUGCAAUCAAAACUUUAAUACCAGAUGAAGAUGUUAUUCUGCAGUUUUCCUUCAACAUUCUUAAACAAUACUUUUUUUUCUUUCCUUUGUCUAUUUCUGUUAGUUGCUGGAGGGCCUUUGGAAUUAAUUAUAAUUAGUAGCAAGAUUGGCUGUGCAAUCUACCAGGGAUAAAUAUAAUUUGUAACAUGAUAGAAAAAUGUACUUUAUCAGGAAAUACCCUAUAGAUUAAACAGUUAAAAAAGAAUUGAUUUUAAAGGUCAGUCAAAGCAAACUCUAAAGUAGGUACCAAAAUACUGUAAUUCUGCACAGCUAGAUUAAAUCAGAUUAGGAGUUUGGUUUUAAUGUUUUAUUUAGUAAUGCCAUUUUUUUCUUCACAGCACAUAAUCCAGUGUCCAUAGAAUACUAUCUCUGUAAGUUAAAUGAAAUUGAAUUUUCAUGCUGCAGGGAACUGUCCUUAACCAAACAAAAUACAUGUAAGAGAAAGAAUUCUACAAAUCCAACACAGGGAUGGUUGUUAUACAAUAAACAAGGAAAGCAAAUGUGAUUUAUUUCCUUGUGAGUUAUGGUUUUGCAUAUUUGAUUUUGAAAAAAAGGAAAGUUCUAAAAGUUGAUAAUUUUCUGUCAGUUUCUCAUGUAUAUUGCAGACAAGAUAAAUACAGCAAAAUUAAAAUAGAAUGGUAGUGUAAAUACCUAUUAAUUGUGCCACUGUCCAAUAGGCAAUAGUAGAAAAUUUGUUACAUAAUUUAUAAUGGAGAAUUCAAGUGUUUUUCUGUAGAAGACAGAAUCCACCAUCCUGCUGGGUACAGGAAAUGGUUUGCUAGCAGAAGGCAGGGCAGUUGUUUAGGUUAAUGCAUUGUCUCUUGUUUGUUUCCUGUAAUAGAGAUACCAACAUAACGUGGUUUGUUGAGUUCUAGCCCUUUGAACAGACAUGCCUCAUAGUCUUCUAAAAUUGCAGAUUAUCUGCAACACUUCCCUGGAUUUGCUUCUUGAGCUUUACAGCUGGAUGUGCUAGCCAGUUAGUAUUACCAAGGCCUUUCUUGGAACUCCAGAUGCACUCACACUGCACAGCUGUUUCAGAAACAACAUUUCCCUUCUUGUUUUGCUUUUCUUAGUGUCACUCGUUUGUCUCUAGUUUUCAUAUAGAAAAUUACCUGAUUUUCAAAGGCAACACAUUUUGAUUUUUUUUUUUUUCAGUGCACUGGGCACAAAACAAUGCAAGAUAGAUGCUGGCAAUUUUCAGGAAACAAGCAACAAAAAACUCCCACCUCAUAAAUAUGUUCAGAAAGUUCACAUCCUCCUACCUGUCAGCUUUCUCUAAAAGAAACCUGGAAUCCUACCUGCCUAAGAGAGGAGAAUAAGGAAGUUCUUUAAUUGUAUGAAAUAAAUUAUUGGCCCCAAAUUUAAUAGUAAUGAAUACUUACUUAAUGAAUACUUACUUAAAAAUACAUAUGUAUACAUUGUAUAUGGCCCAGUUCCAGUGUUCAGUGCAUUUUGCUCUAAUGAUAUUCCAUUUUUAAAUGUUAAAAAAUAUCCACUAAUACAACAUUACCGUGUUGAUGUUCAGAUUGUUAUUUUCUUUAAAUGAAAAACACAAAAGUUCCCAACCAUUCUUCCAUGGAAAUGUUUACUGUGGACAUUUCUUGCCUAAUUAGGGUGAAUUUUAAAAUUGGUAUAUUUAGUCUAUACAUUAGAAAUUAAUUAUGCUGUAAUUUUUACUUGUAUAAAAAUGAUGGCUGCUCCCAUUGCUGAAAUAGGCUGGGUUUAAGCCAUAAAAAUAAUAAUUGCCAAGCACAGUAGCAUAUAAAUGACCUGAUGUCUAAUUGGAAGAUUUGUAGCAGCUCAUCAAAGUAAAAUGAAAUUGGAUUGAUCAGUUUUUGAAAGAUCAUAGACUGGGCAACUUAAUAUUUUGCAUAAAUUGGAAUUACUUGAACUUUUCUGUCUGGUCUCCCAGUACCCUUUUUAACAGGUGACUUUAUUAACCUUCUUUUUAAAAAAUGCUUACUAAUUUUCGUUCAACCUCAAGCCUUUCUUCAGUGAAAAAACUAUACAUAUUGCAGUGAAGCCAGAUAUAUAUAUAUAUAUUUUUAUGUAAACUCUGUGUGUAUUUAGAUGCAUAUGUAUGUUGUGUGUAAGUUCCAGGAUUAAAUUCUGUGAGUUACAGCAUCAGAUGGUAGCACUGGUAGAAAGUAUAACGUGGGGGGGUUUUUUCAUAUGCCAUUUUAAAAUUGUCUGUAGUGCAUCACAGUUAAGCUGGGAUCAGACUGUGACACACAGUCCAGUAGUUCAGGAUCUCCUGUGACAGACUUGUCACUGAUUGUUUGGGUGGAAUGGAUUUGAGAGAGAAAGAGAGAGAGAGAGAGAAACCUGGGAAUGCACAUGACAAGCUUUAUCUGAAGCUGUGUAAUUUAAGAUACCUCUCUCAAAGAUCAAAAAAUAACCCAAAACACUUAAAAGAUGAUAAUUUUUACAAGGCUUUUUUAUGUAGUAGCUAUAGUUACAUGUGUGGUUGCCAUUUAAACAUAGUAUUUUAGUCCAUUAAAUCAAAUUACAUUUUAGGCUUCUAUAUUGUCAUAUGAAACUGUAGCUAUAGAAAUACAUCCCUUUUUGAUCUCAUCCAUCACCCAAGUAGGUUCAGUUUUGACAUAAAGGAGUAGCAAAUCAGAUUUCUCAUUUGGGGUUUCUACUGAGUAAAAUUGGAGGCAGAACUUCCAUUUCUGCAAGAACAGAUUGGUGCUCCUGCAAAUCCAAAUGGAUGUUAUGUUCAGCACCUGUGUUCCCAAGGGAAUGGGCACCUCAAGGGCUCAUGGCUGAGCCCAGUGCUCUUGGAAUCCAGCACGAGUCUGCCUUUGGAGUGGGCAGAGGAGGGGGUGGGUUCUGCUGGCCCUGCUGUGAAACAUUUCUGGGGAGGAUUAGCCCUGGGAAAGCUGCUGUGGAAUGUGGGACUGCAGGGGCAGCCCUGGCUCCUGAGCCUUGCAGGGUGUUGCAGUUGGGGGAUUCAGGCUGUGGAGCUGGGUCAGCACAGGCCAGCUGUGGCUUUGUCAAGAAGUGGAACUGCAUUGGGGAGUGGGAAUGGAAGGUUCAAGAUAAAUCCUCAUUUACACCAAGGCCCUUUAAUGUUGAUCUGGGCUCCAUGCAGCUCUGUGUUAGCAGUGCAUUAUUAAUACAAGUUAUUUCUCAUGGCCAUUUCUGUUUAGUUCACUGUGGUUUAACACACACAUGUGCACAAUAAGCAGGAACUAGUUGGAGUUAUGCUAAUUCUUAGCUCAAUCAUCAGCUAUUUUUCAAAGCCUAUUGCUGUUUUCAUCAGCAAUUGUUUGAAUUUGCAAGUCAUUCAGUUGGUUAACUUCAGUGCAUACACCAUGCUUCCACAGCACAGGAAGGAAGGAUUUCUUCCCAGUCCUUACAGGCUUCUGCAGAUGUAUCACUGGAGCGUGUCCAUCGUGGCACAGCAUCUCACCUGGUAACUUUUAAAGCAGAAAUAAUUAGCCUUUUUAACUUUCUAGUUCCAAGGUCUCCCAAACCUCCACUUUUGUAGCCCAUUCACUUGUUUUUAAGACAGAAAAAACAUGUGUGAGGUUUAUUUCUAGAGCACUUGAUUCACUUUCUUUUUUUGUGCUUCAGAACUGUAUCAUGAAGUUUUACACUUCAGUCUUGUUUAUUCAGAAAAUAGUUAAUGUUUCUGGUCUUUGUAGUUUGUAAGAAGUCACAAGAACAAACAGGCAAGUCCAAGUUAUAGCUGACUCAUUUGUCACUUUUGAAUUUCCUGAUUGGUGACUCUUCUCUCUCUUUCACACUGUUGAAACGUAUUUAAAACGGUUUGUAUGUAUAUGUUUCUUGUCUGCUUUUUGUCUCUAGAGGAAAGCGUGCUCUAUUCACAUUUAUAUAAGCUGGAAUAAUGUUUUACAAUCGCUGUUGAUUAUUUUCCCCCCCAAAUGCAGUAUAAGAGGAAAAUAAACAUGGCAAGAAUGAAUUUUUAGGGUUUGGUCUUCUGUAAAGGCUGAAGUAAGAAGAUGUGAAACUGCCAUUUUCCUUAUGAAAGACUGUAAAGAGAGCAUUUACUUUCUGAGCGAGCUUUUCUGGGGGAAGAGGGGGAGAAAUCCUAGAAUAUGGAGUCUCAUCAGAACCCUUUUGUUAACGGGUAUUUUCGGUUUUCCUCUCAAACGACUGAGGAAAUAUCAUGUAUGAAUUUAUAAAUAAUUGCUUUCAGUUAUUUCUUUUGUAUAAGCUGCGCAAUACCCUUGCUAUGCUGUAUAAGUUGUGUUUCAUGGAACAGUGUGAGUAUGAAAUAAAAAGCUAAUUUUUGGUUUUUAAUCAUCUGUGGAUGCCACUAUGAAAGCUGACAUUGUUAAAGCCACUACAGAGUUUUCUAUGAAUACUUGUAAGAAUUGCUUUGUUAUAUAUAAACCUAAAUAAAGAGAUUGUAUUGAUACAGAGACAUUGGAUAAGAACAUUUAAAAGGCUGUUCUUUAGGCCUGAGAGAAAAGGCUUGCUGUAAAAAUGGUGCAUUAUUCCAUUUAUUAAAGAUCAUAUUAAUGACAAAAAGCA